AUCGAUAUGUAUCAUACCAUAUCGGUAUGUGUUGGUCGAUACAUACCAAUACAUACCGAAACAUAGAUUUCAUCUUGAUUUUUAAUGUUAAAUAGAGUAUCAGUAUGUAUCGUACGAAACAUAUCGAUACGAAGGGAUUUAAAAUUUUUCAUAUAGCUUAUUGGUAGUAUUGUAUUGGUAAGGGACGAUCCGAUAUGUAUCGGCCAAUACGGUAUGAUACUAUGGAUACUUAAAACCAUGGGUACUUAAUGUGUAAAAGAUUUUUUAUCUAUAAUAUGAUGCCGGUUAUGGCAUCUAGACCUAACAAGAGGUACGAGAUAUGUUAUAGCUUGAAAGUACACUCCAUGGAUGAGCAACCCACCCUAGUGUCCUAAGUCUGGUUGGUUAGAGGUUAGUGCACAUUAGGCUUAGGAAUUCCAUCAGUACUUUGUGGAAUUCAAUUUGGAUUUGAGUUCUCAAGUGAAUUCUGAGAUUGCAUUUCUAUAUAUGGUUUGUACUUCUUCCUAGGGAACAUUUUGAGUUACACAAUUAAGAAGUUUCAACUUUGGUGCCAUUCCAUCUGGCCAAAAAAAAAAAAAAAAAAAGGCUGCCUAGGUCGGUUUAAUCUUUGAGGAUAUGUUUGCUUCGGUUGUUCUAUGGUUAACAACAAGCCAACUCAACCUGGGCUGAGUUUCACCUUUAAAAAGUAGCAGUAAGUUGAGAUGCUUCCUGCUUCUUCCAUAGAAGCAUCAAAUGGAGUGAGUUUUUAUCUGGUUACUAGCAGAAUUCUGUGCUAUUUCCUUCUAAAAAAGUGCAAACUAUAGAAAAAAAUGUUGAAUUAUAUGAAAAAAAUUAUAAAAUUCUAUUUGUGUUAUGGUAGUAAGGUCUGAAUAGUAUAUAUGAAUUAUAAAUCAAACUUUUCUUAUAAUCUAUAAGAGUAAUUAUAAAAAAUAGCUUAAAAAUAGAAAAUAUAAUCAAAAUAAAAGAAUAAGAAUAGAAAAUAGAAGACUAAUAAAUAGUAUCAAAUAAAAAAUAACCUAAAAUGAAUUCGAAAUGAAAACAUACUUAUUUAAAAACUCAAAUUUGUUGACUUUAUAACAGUAUUAGGUUAGAAUAUUAAUAAAAUAUCAAAUAAACUUAUUCUUAAACUAACUAUGUGCCAUUGCUUUCUAAUAUUUAUUGUUAAAUAUGUGAACCACUUUCCAUCUAAUGUAUAUCUUAUUCAAUUUUCAAUCUCUGAAAGCCAUCAAUGAUCUUCUGACCAACCAUCUUAACCUCACUAGGGAAAGACAAAUAAAGAGCAGGCUUCCUUAAGUAUAGUAAUUAGAGAUGUAGUUAUGUUGUUCUCUGAUAACUUGUUAUCACCCUCAGUCUUCAUCUAUCAUCUAGAUGAUCAUUUAUCCUUCCUGAUUAAGAGGAUGUUAGGCAUCUUAACCUUUGCCCUAUAAUUUGAGUAGUUUAUUUAUUCUCGAAGUGUUGAUUGAAGGUGGCAUAAUGAAACAAUAGUGAUAAUUCUGGUAAUUGUUGGGCCAUAAAUUCUACUGUAAUUUUUAAAUUUCUGCUGAUUGAAAUAUUGACCAUUGAUUAUAAUAUAUCCAUUUUCUACACACAAUUUAAAUGAUAAUUAUUUUCAGUGAAUUAAGCUUAUAGUACCUACCUGUCUCAGAACUCACUACAUCGAGGUCGAACUCAUGCUUUUGAUCUCCUGCUGUGCAAAAAAAUCAAAAUGAUAUAUUUAUGGAAGGAAACGCAAUAUAGGAGCAUGUAACGUGCAUUGAGCGAGCUGUUCAGGUCACAGGCUUAGAGACCUCGUUCCAUCGGUUUAUCCUUAAGAGAAAGAGGUUACUAGACUAUAAAAAACUUAGAUCUUCAAGCUGGGUCCGAAAAGGCAUACCUAAGGGCUUCAAAAGUAAUGGCAUGAUUGGCAGGCGGGCCUAAUAGAUAAGUUCAUACUUCCACUUUUCCAGCAUCUUUGUGUAAGCUACAUCUCCUUUCUUUCCUCCUGCUUCCUUGUCAUCUCUUGUGCUAUCUAACGCAACAUUUUGUGGUUCCCAACGGUCUAUUUGCUAGGUUUUGGAUGAGAGCUAAGGUUGAGUUAUCCGGCCUCCCCAAUUCCUUCCCUCUACUUGAUUUACAAUCAGCUGCAAUCAAACUACUGCACGUUGCCCAUGCAACCAAGCAAUGGCUGAGCUAAUUGAUUGUAGACCACUCUCUCCUGGUGGUAAACAAAAAGCAAAGCUCAGGCACGUGCUAAUGUGCACGGAAGGACUUGCCUGGUGGUUCUAGUGCGCUAGUGGUCUGGUCCUCUCAAAUCCUAUUUUUUCAUUGACAGGUAGCAUGAAUUCUAAGGUUCCUUAUUCCGGUUGUAUAAGGAAGAAGAGUUAGAAUGGGCAUGGCCCCACCAGCAGCCUGCGUCAGCCAGGUCGGUAGUCCUAAUCUCACCAUUGCAUAUUGAACUUUGGUACAAAGGUUUCGUAGGCAGGAUCAUGCCUCCCCACUAUCCGCCUUUAAGUGAUAGGGUUCCAAUAGGGUCCCAAACCUUGCUUUCGGCUAGCUGUCUAUUGAGUAUAGAUUGGGAACUGAAAAACCUUCCUUCCUUUCAAACUCAACAACUUAACCUGACCUACCAACAGACCUUGAAAUAGAAUGAUUCUUUGCUCCCAUGCCUUUCUUGGUCGGACCCACCCAACCGGCAAUUUCCUUCUUCCCGAGUUGGGAAGCAAGAACAUAGCAUUCUCUGGGGCACAUAGGAUCAUACAUGAUUGUGCUUUCUUGGCAGAGUUUUAGGCGGCAAGAGACUGAUGGGCUUGUUGGAGCUGCUGAGCGGGAUAAAUAAAGCUGCUAUACUGCCAUGCCGCGGAUAGUCCUCUUGCUGGGCAGCCUCCCCGUUUGGCGGAUUCACACCUUCAACUUAGGAUUGGUGUGGAUAAAAUGUUUCGUUCACACUGAGCUGUUAGGAAUCCUUUGGCCGGCAUGUGCGAGGUUUUCGUGACCCGUGGUACACCUAUCCAGCCUGGGCUCUUGGAAAGAGAGUGAUGUGAGCAAAGAACAAGAGUAAGACCGUGACGUAGCGAAUUCGUCGUUGCUCAUUCCCAUUAGGCCGAAGUGUUUAGCGUUUCCUUCUCUGAGCCUGCCUACGCUUCGCUGAUCUAUCGCAUGGUGCGUACCUGUUCUGAUGAUCCUAAAACUCAUUUGGCAGAGCCAACAUGUGAAAUAAAGGUCAAGCUGACAUAUGCGGGGUUUAAAUUCUGAUAUCGAAUUUGUGGUCCAACAUUGCAAAAUGCAUGAAUUAUGGCUGGUGAACUGCUUCUUCUUCCACGGAGAUUCAGACAAAACCGAGCUUGGAUGGAGCUGAACAAGAUUUGGUGAAUGAAUGCACAGGUAAAGCUGAGCUAGCAGCACCUUUGACUACCAAUACCUGAGCAACAGACCAACAAAAAGACUAUACUAAUAAUGACUUUACGCUCCCUUCCUACCUUUGUCGGGUUAAUUCAAUAUUCUUAACAAAUAUGGAGAAUGAUGUGUGAAAAGAUCUAUUGUUGGAUUUUCUGGACAAGUAUUAUGGUUAACCUUGAACAAAUAAAAUGGCUGAUGAAAUAGUGUGUCCUUAUGAGUGACGUGUUAAUUUUAUCCUUUCAAUUCGGGUCAAUUAAAUAAAGCCCCAUUCUAACUAAUUGGUUCACCUACAAAAGUUUCUUUUUGUUUUAAUCAUUCCAUUCUACAUUUUGUUUACGGAUGAUAAAGUAAUUUUAUUUACUUGAAAAAUGAUUCAGGCUAUCCAUUCAGUUGGCCACAAGGUCUAUAAUUAUGUCUGCAUGAAAAUGAAUUUCUGAUUAUUUGUAUUUCUAUAAAUGAUGUUAUAGAUCUUGUCAGUUCAUAGAAGGAGGAUACAAUGUCUCCAUAGCUUGGUUUUUAUUUUCUGAUAAAAGAUCUAUGAUGUGUGCAGCUUUACCAGUGGAGGAAGUUUUUCAGAGCUAACUCAAUUGAUAUGCAUGAUAUUGAUGACACAAAUGUCGUCAAGGAUAUUCCUGAUUCUUUCCAUGAUGUUCCACCUUCAUCCUACCCUCUAAUCAUAACUUUUCAGAAGUUUCUUAUGAUGCUUGAUGCAAGCAUGGAAAACUCAUUUUUCGUUAGAUUUCAUGAUGUGAAUAAAUUUCUUCUUGGUAAAACAGGAAUUUCUAAUUCAGUUGCAUUACAGGCCUUCAUUAGAACGAAGGAGGUUAAUUAUGAAAGAUUUAAUUCAUUAUACUGGCCACAUUUUAAUAGUAAGCUGAUUAAGGAGUUUGAUUCUUCCAGAGUGUUUACUGAGAUAAUUUCCCAUAUAAAAGGUGGAAUGGGUGAAGGCAAGGCACACAAUGGUAAACUUAGCCGAGAGGAUAAUGUUUCCCUUUCUGGAGCUCGGUUGUCCACCUUAAGUAGAGAAAGAAGGGAGGUAAUUUAUGAUAUAUUUCUUAAUUAUGAGAAGAAGAAGCUUAGGAAUGGGGAGUUUGGCUUGGCCGAUUUAGUUAUUGACCUUCAUCUCCGAUUGGGAGUUUGAAGCUAUGAAGGUGAGGAAAUGGAUUUAGUCUAUAUUGAUGAGGUUCAAGAUCUCACCAUGAGGCAGAUUGCACUUUUCAAAUAUAUUUGUAAAAACUCUUCUGAUGGCUUUGUUUUUUCUGGUGAUACUGCCCAAACUAUUGCCAGGGAGAUUGAUUUCAGAUUCCAAGAUAUAAGAUCUAUGUUCUUCAAAGAGUUCCAUUUGGAAUCAGCAAGUGGUAGCAGUGAGAGAGGUAAAAGUAGUAGCCAACCACGUGUCUCAGAGAUUUUCCAUUUAAACCAGAACUUCCGAACCCAUGCGGGUGUUCUAAAUCUGGCACAGAGUGUGAUUGACCUUUGUAUCAUUUCUUUCCACACUCUAUUGAUGUUUUAACUCCUGAGACAAGUCCUAUAUUUGGAGAACCUCCUGUUGUAAUUGAAUCUGGUAAAGAUGAAAAUUCAAUCCUAACUAUUUUUGCCAAUAAUGGAACUACUGCUGGAAGUAUGAUUGGCUUUGGAGCUCAGCAGGUCAUAUUGGUACGAGAUGAUUCCGCAAAGAAGGAAGUUGUAAACGAUAUUGGAAAACAAGCUCUUGUUUUAACAAUACUUGAGUGCAAAGGGCUUGAGUUUCAGGUUACGUGGAUUAUUUGCAUGAUUGAUAACUUGGACCUUAUUUUCUGCUGUUGCUGGAUGUACCGUUAUACAACUUUUUUGGCUCAUUUCCAUUGAACAAUCUGUGGAGAGUUGUGUAUGAGUAUAUGAAAGAACAGGAUAUGCUUGAUGCAUCUGCAGCAAGAUCAUUUCAAGUUUCAAUAUGGAAAAACAUAAUCUUCUUUGCUCUGAAUUGAAGCAAUUAUAUGUAGCAAUAACUCGUACAAGGCAAAGGUUGUGGAUCUGUGAGAACAUUGAGGUGUUGUCAAGUCCUAUGUUUGAUUACUGGAAACAUUUGUGUCUGGUGCAAAUUCGACAACUUGAUAGUUCAUUUGUACAGGCGAUGCAAGUUGCAAGCAAUAAAGAGGAGUGGCAUUUAUGUGGCAUAAAGCUAUGUAAUGAGGGCAAUUUUGAGAUGGCUGCAAUGUGCUUUGAAAGAUCUGGAGACACAUGCAAGGAGAAAUGGGCUAAAGCAUCUGGUCUUCGAGCUGCUGCUCACCGUAUGCAUGGCUUUAAUUCUAAAAUGCGGCAUAUUGCUCUUUUGGAAGCUGCAGAGAUUUAUGAAGUAAUUGGUAAAGCUGAGUCUGCUGUCAAGUGUUUUAUUGAGUUACAGGAAUAUGAACGAGCAGGUAUGAUUUAUAUGGAGAAAUUUGGUGAAUCAAGGCUUGAGGAUGCUGGUGACCUUUUCUCCAUUGCUGAAUGCUGGAGUCGUGCUGCUAAUGUAUAUGCUAGGAGCAACAAUUUCUCAAAGUGCUUGAUUGCUUGCACAAAGGGAAAACUCUUUGACGAGGGACUACAAUUCCUUAAAUGCUGGAAAGAAAAUUCAACUCCUGCCAUGGAUAUAGUUGCAAAGCUUCAAAGAUUGGAUGAAACAGAACAAGCUUUCCUUGAGAAUUGUGCAAGGUACUAUGAUAAGCUUAAAAAUACGGGAAGUAUAAUGAAAUAUGUGAGGGAAUUUUAUUCUAUCGAUUCCAUUCGCAUUUUCUUGAGGUCAUGGGAUUAUUUGACUGAGCUUGUGUUGUUGGAGGAAGAACUUGGGAACUUUAUGGAGGCUGCCAGCGUUGCAAGGCUGAAAGGUGAUAUUCUUUGUGAGGCUGAUAUGCUAGGGAAGGCUGGAGAUUUUGAAAAGGCAUCGAGGUUGAUUAUCUUUUAUGUUGUUGGAAUGUCUCUUUGGGGCUCUGGAAGGAAAGGAUGGCCACCAAGCCAUUUUCCUCAGAAGGAAGAACUCUUAAUGAAAGCCAAGUCGAUUGCCAAAGGUAAGUCGGAAUUCUUCUAUGACAUGGUCAGCAUGGAGGCAAACAUAUUAUUAAACCAAGAGGGCAGUUUGUUAGAAAUGGGACAAUACUUAAGGGCUUCCGAUGAAUUUAGAAAUUUCUUAGCUCAAUGUUUCUGUGCUUGUAAAAUUCUUGAUCUUCAUUUUCAACCAAGACCCUCUAAAUAUGAGUGGGAACAGGAAAUCGUCCUGGAUCAGAUGAAUCAUGCGUAUAACACCAUUUGCAGGAUCAAGCUCUCUAUUGAAUCACUUGUUUACUUUUGGAACUUUUGGAAGGGAAUGGUUGGAAACAUAUUUUCAUACCUACAGUCUAUUGGUUCCAAUCGUAAGAAUGAAUAUUUGGACCAUGGACAGUUUUGCUUGGAUUAUCUGGGUGUACGAAAGCAGAAAAAUAAUCAUGGUUUUCUAUACCUUUUGCUCAAUUCUGAUGCAUGUUGGGUUAAGGAAAUUAAUAAAAGUGACAUUUGGAAAAAUCGGCACUUGGUUGGUCUCAAUCUUCAACAGUUUGUCUCUGCUGCUAGGAGUCACUGGUGUCCAGAAGUAUCCUUAGCUGGUCUGAAAGUAUUGCAGAGACUGGAAGCCCUUUAUGAUUUUGCCAAGUGCAAUUUUUUCCGAUUAUUUUGUCAAGGGAUGGUUGUCCUCCACAUGUUUCAAGUAGCGCAAUUCUUAUUGAAGUCAGAUUUGCAGGUAUGGAAAUACCGUUUACGGGAACUGCAGGAGUUCGUUGCAUCAUCUAGAGUGCGCUUCUUCGACAUUUUAUUUCCCCACGACUGGAGGCAAGCAAUGACAGAGAAUUUGAUUGCCUGGAGGGAGACCACUCUUUUUAUGGAUUUACUCAAAGAUGUUAUAAUUGAUAACAUACAUUUGGAAGGUAAGCCAACAUAUGGGCAAAUUGGGAGGGUGAUGAUGCUGAUCUUUGUAUCUGGAGAUCUAACAGAUGCACUGUAUCAGAAGAUUGCAAGCAGAUUUUUUGUUAAUGCACCUUGGGAAGCAGUCGUUCAGGAGUUGAAAAAAAAACAAGAGGUCAGGAUUUGCACGGAUCUUUCUAGUUCGGAAGCUUCAACAGGCUCUGGAAGAUACUUUCAGUGUGACUUUCAGCCUGACCUGGAAGAUGGAUUCUGACUAUAUGUCACCUCACUGUUACAUAUAUCUUAUUGAGCGCCUUUUGUAUUGGAUAGCUUCUUGCCAAGGAUAUUUUUUCACAACCAAAGCUUCUGUUACUGAGUCUCUUGCAUGCCAAGAGUGGAAUCCUAGGUCCAGCAUUCGUCGGGCUAUUAAUAUGCAUGCAUUGUUACAAGAUUCAUAUGAUUUUAUUGCUGGACAAAUCAUCAACUUUUAUUCGAUGAGCAUGGGAUGUUUAAAUGGCUUGAGAAGUCCAACUUCACUAUUAAGGACUAUUAUCCAGGAUUAGUGUUAAGAUUUAUUGUAGUGAUUAGUUUAGUUUGUCUGAAUUGUGGGAGGCAUUUUGGUCUACUUUAUAAACUGCUAAGUAGGAACGAAGUUAUCACCCAGUUGCCUCGUGCAUUCUAUGUGAUCCUUCAGGGAAGGCGAAAGCAUAGUUUUUCUGAUGUGCUUGCUGAAGCACUCAAAACUAUCAAGAAUCCUCUUGUACUGAUUUCAGGAAGUGGUUGUCCAGAAAGUUUAUGUUCAGAUGUAUUAGUUGUACACAUGAAGGCCAUCCAAUGCAGAGAGGAUAUAUUAAGAGUUUUAUUCCCUGAGAGUUUGAAAGUUUCAGAGUAUCAAAUUUGUUCUGUUGAAUCGGAAAGGAAUAUUUCAUGUGAUGAAGAUAUUGCUUCAGGGAGAACUUAUCAAAGGAAUAUUACUGAAUCUCCUUCUCUAUCAAGGUUAUCAAUGACUGUUGAUGAGAGGAAAAAUGGUAGACUUUCUUCUGCCAAUGAGUCAGGUGGGAAGGUGGAUACCAACAUUGAGAUGGAAGAUGGGAAUGAAAAAAAUGAUCUGCAAUUGAUUUUUGGGAAGUUUUGGAAAACUUUUGAAGAUUAUGGCAAUGCUACAAGCCUGGCUUCUAAUAUUUCACAGAUAAAGGUGUCAGUGGAGGAAUCUAUUUGCAUUAUGGAGUUCGCUAUAGCCCAAUUAAGGCAGAAUAAAAUUCUUAGAAAUGAGGAAAACUUGUUUGAAGAAGCAAAACACAUUUUUGGUGAUUUGGUUAAGCUCUCCUUUGCCUUGGAUGUGGGGUUAGUUUCAAUCUCCCCCUCUUUGUGUGUGCAUAUGUAGGCAGGUUGGGUGGUGGAUGCGUGCAUCACUUCCUGCCUGCCGUUAUAUCCUUGGAGUUGCAUUUUCUGUCCUCUGCUAUUUAUUUGAAUGGCUAUGGAAAUCGGCAAUUUAUCUCCAAGAAAAUGUUUAUUUAUCUCUGUCAAAAGCUUUUACUGAGUCGGGAAUAGUUUGUUUGGUACAUUGGCCUACAAAAUUUGUUUUGUACAUUUAUUCAUAAGUUGGUUGAACCUGAAACUCAUUCAAGUGAUUGAUAGGUUCAAGUAAAGCCCACUUAUUAUUAUGCUUCAUAUGGCUCAACCAGAAAAUACCCUGCAAAAAAAAAUGAGGAUUCCAUUUCCUAUUAUUAAAAAAUGAUUUUACUAUCAGUUUGUUUGCUAGCUGAGUAUUUGGAAUCUUCAUUUCAUUCUGAUGGAAUAUGUUUUAUUUUAUUUUAGUUUAUUUUAUUUUUAUUUUUUUCAGUUAUGAAGAGCUUAAGAAUAAUAUUUCAACAAUUUUAGAACUCUUUAGAAAGUUGAGUGAAAGGGGGCCAAGACUGGAGAACUUGUUGGAUUACCUGUUCUCACAAAGUAAGCCAGAUCCAAUCAGUGAAGCAUUACAGGAUGGUGUUGCCACAGGAACUCAAAAUCACAGCAGCAAGGGAGAAGAAAAGAAUGACUAGGGUAAGAGAAAAACCAAGUCUAAGAAGGGAAAGAAGGGGAAGAAGAAGGCUUCAACUGUAAGUAUUCCAUCAGAAGUUGAAAGGACUAGGAACUAUGAAAGAGAAUGAAAAGGGGAAAGGAAUUACCAAGUCAAAGAAGGGAAAGAAGAAUUUUAUUCAUUGAAGGUAAAGAAGGGCAAAGGAAAGAAAUACUUAUGCAUUCUUGUUCUCCUUCCUGUUCCAUUUAUUGUGCUUUUUCCUUCUUUCUUUCUACCGCCAAUGUCUUAUUUCUUUGCUGAAUUUGCAGAUAUUAGACUCAUUUUUUACUAUAAUUUGUCAAAGAAGGGAAAGGACUAAUUUGAUGCAAUCUUUUUCUCUUUCCUGUUCCAGUUAAUAGGUUUCUUCCUUUAUUCUUUCUACAGCCAAUGUCUACUCAAUUUUAAAACAAUUUCAUUAUUUACAGAAAUUAUCAAAUCUACAAUUUUUUUUUCCUAUUCUAAGCAAAUUGAACCAAUCCUUUUGUUCAUUCUUCUUUUUUUGGUUCACAAUUUAGGGAUUGCCCACUGUCUUCUUGACACGUUAGACAGAGUCUGGUGGAAUCUGGCUUACAAAAAGGUUCAGCAUGAUUAUUUUUCUGAUGAGUGAAAAGAUAUUAAAAUUGGGGAAACAUUUGCUACUACUUGGUUGUGGGGGCGGUUGGGUUGGAAGCAUAGAAAUUCAAAGUCCUAUAUAUAAGUUUUUAGUUUAGCAUCAACCAUUAUACAUUUUCUGCCAAAUGCCAAUGAGAUUUAAUAAAUUAUUUCCAAAAUUAACUGUGUAAGGGCUUCAGCUUGAACGAAGCAAUAACAGGAAUGUUGUAUAAGAUGUCUUCUGCAAUUUUAAGAUUUCAUUAACUAUAGAUAUGCAGGUGCGGCUAACUUCAUUUUACAUUCCUAAAGUCUUGAGUAUUUCUUCAGUUACUAGAUCUCUAACGUUUUAGAUGGCUUCGGGAAAGGAAAUGAAAGACCUAUUUUAGACUCAAGUCGCAAGGAUUCCUUGGACUCUAGUUUGAUUAAUAAUGGUUGGAAUUCUGGACUGGUGAGAUCUCUUUUUACCCUCUUGUUGCUAACUCUAUUCUGAGUACUGCUAUAAGUAUUAACCCCUCUAGUGAUGAAUGGUUUUGUCCCCUCUUGCAGAGUUGUGUUGACUACUCACUUAGUUGUUAAUUAUUUGAGUAAGAGUGAGUUGGGUGAUAGAAAAGGAUCCCUUGAUCCUGAACCGGUAUUACCUGGGAUCGUAAAUCCCAAGUUUGUCUAUUAAGAGUGGAUCUAAUUGUAUUAGUGUCUAUAAUUGAUUUCAUCAGUGAGUACUAAUUGAUAGGGCCUCAUUGGUAAAUGCUUUCGUUGUUUAUGGCAUUUGUUCUUUUCGUGUACAUCUGCUAAACAUAUUUGACUGGCAAAGCCAUUGGAUAUUUGGAUGUUCACACAGAAUACCUCCAGUCUUCUCUUUUUUACUUGUUUGAAUAUAGUUAGUUCAUCUACCUUGUUCUUAAUUGAUAAGCCUCGUGUGUUAUUGCUGCAAUUACUAUGUAUUUCAUUUGGGCUGCUUGCAAUAGGUAUCUGUUACAAAAUGUUAAUCCUUCUCCUCAUUUGGUUAUGCAAGUAAUUCUUUGGUGAGCUGCUGAUCUUGAUUAGAAUGCUGAACCUUUCUCCACUAUUUCUAUUUCUACUCACUUCUCUAUGUCAUUGUCUGAUUACCUGGCAUUACCUUCUUUGGAUCAUCCAGUUAUAUCUAAUGGGUGUUCUGUACCAACCGCCAUUACUGCUGGAUGGGCUUCUGUUUUUUGACAAAUCUCACAUCUGUUAUGUUGACUUGAACUAUGGAUGUGCAGGUAGCUACCAGGUCCCAAAAGCCAGAAGUAACAUCCGGGGCUAUUCAAAGCGCUUGAAAGAGGGUAUCGGAAAGUUUGUUGAUUGAUGAUGGUAAUAUGGUUAGAUGGUUCAAGGGAAGCAAGAAGGUUGGCUAUGAGGGUUGUUCAAGAUAUUACUGACAAUCUUAUUUUUUGCGUCUAUGUUGGACGUUGUCAUCUUAUGCUUUUCUGUAGCUACUAGGGCAGUAGGUAAAACAUCUAAUUUGCUAAAAGUAAGUCUAUUGUGUAUGAAAUUAGUUUCAUAUUGUUGGUCAAAUUUAGAGAUUGUAUCUCUUUAAGAUUCUCUAUUGUGAAUUUAUUUUCACUUUU